AUGAGGCUGGCAGACUUGAUCAUUGUUGCCGUCCUUCUAGGCUUUUCUCAUUUGCCUCUGGCGGCAGCCGCCAACAACUCUACAAUUUUCACUCUCCCACCUGGAUAUUCCAAUCAUAACGACACUAAUUUGCUUUGCAGGCCGACGAAGUGGUCCGACAUUGCGGUAUUCUUUCUGGGCAAUUAUAUCGCCCACGCCGCCACGGUCAAAACAAGUCCCGGAGAAAGUACAUUUGGUGCUGUCAUCGUCGUCAUCUCAGCUCUUCUCUUUCCGACUUCUGGCGUAAUUCGCGGCUGCGUGACGGCAUCAAGUCUCGCUGUAUUCGCGCCGACAGAUCUGAGAUGCGCUGCACGAGCCGGCGCCCUCUGUACUGUCGCCUAUGAUCACAAGAAACGGAGUGCCAGACCCUCGGUUUUGGGUACCAAGAUCGAUCCAAGAUUAACAAAGAUUCACGGUAUCGUCAGUGCUCUCCCACCUGGCUUCAGCCUGAUCCAAGUACCCCGCUCAGCAAAAUUUCUCCAUGAUCCAGACCCAGAAAAGAGAAGUUGGUUCCGAAAGGUGUUGGAUCCUGUGAAGCAACUUUUUCGCCCAGUUCAGGCUCGAUCGGCGCUCAUCUCGAGCAACUACAGCUUGGUCAAAAUCUUCGUGGCGAUUGGCCAAUCAUUGUAUGGCAUCGCGACUCUCUACGAAAGUGCCAGGGGUGACCAAAUAAAUCGCUACGGCUAUGCAGCCUUUGGCCUUACGGUGGUUCCUUAUGCUUACAUGUCGCUGGUAAAUCUCCUUGCAAAUCUUCUUGCUCCGCAUUAUCCUACAAUGUAUCUAGUCGAGUCGCAGGCAAUGCGAGAUGCUUCAGAUCUCAUUGGCAGAGGAGAUGUUGGCGAUGUCGACGUUCAAAGUACGCAUGAAGCACCAUCCACACAUGAGUAUUCAACGGCCCUUGAAAUGUUGCCUAAUGCUGCAACUGGCGCGCAAGGCGACGACAACAACACGCAACCGGCCAGAGAGUCUCCUCUGAGCAAUAACGCUAUGCUUCAUGGCAGAUACCCUCCAGGGUCGCAGGAAGAGAUGGACAUUCCACCAACCGUGUCAGAGAUCUACGAUCAGGAGGGACGGUCCGAGAGCAACGAUGGGCAGCCUCAGCAAAGGGUCCAAGGGCCGGUGGACCAAGAUGAAGAGAAUCUGAACCGCGAGCCUCGCCAUGAUGACAUAAUGUCCCGGAAUCAACAUGAAGAAUCUCGAGACGACAACCCCCUCCAGGCGAGCCCGCCAACAAGUGUGGCAUUUUCUGGCACUGUCGGGGUACUUGAUCCUGAAUGGGAUCGAGAGUUCUUAGGACAAAGACAUCAGUACGCUGCCCUCGAGGACAAUGGCGAAGGAAGGAAUCAGCAAGGUCAGGCCACAUUGAAUGAGCAAUCGAUAUCUCCUCCUCCUCACCACGAAGGGCCACGUGGCACGGUCAGCCAUAAUCAGAAAACAAGUAAAGGGUCAUCGGUUUGGACGGUGCUGAGUAUCAUCAUCGCCAUCCCAUUGGGAGUCGUGGUAUUUGCUCUCAUAAUGGUGAUCCCAGGACUGCCUAUCGUGGUUGUCGGGGCACUGUCUCACUUCCGAAAGGGCGUGCUGAGCACUCAUGCUCAGCGGGUCUGGACGAUGACAUGGUUGGCUUUCGGAAUAUUCGUCGGGCCCGCAGUGGACACCUUCAGAUCCUUGAUAGAUGACAAUUACGUUGGGAUUGGCUGGAGACUGUAUUUUGCUGUCUCCGUGGGGCUCUUUUACGGCGCGCCGGCUGUAGGCGGCUUUGUCGUGGUGGCGCAAAUGCUGCUGGCAUAUGGUGUAUGCAUAAGGAUCUCCUAAAAGAUUUUCUGAGAAAGAGCCGGAAACGGG